AUAUACCCACAAUUCCUUUUGUGUGUUCCCGCGGUAAAGUCGCAAAGGUGCACGGGCGGUGGGCUGUGAAUUUUUGGGUCAAAUGCCCGGAAUUUAAAUCGAUAAGUGAUAGUGGAUGAACAAGAAUGGCACCACACAGGCAUCCCAAUACCAGGUCCGUCCAGCGGAACCCGAAAUUCGAGCAACUUCAAGCCGAUCAUGAACUGUUUCUCCAGGCUUUCGAGAAACCAACUCAGAUUUACAGAUUUCUACGAACAAGAAACCAAAUUGCACCCAUAUUCCUUCAUCGAUCAUUAAGUUACAUGCCUCGGAGAUGCUUGAGGGCCAACACCAGGAAAUCCUUCAAACCUGACAGCCUGCUUGAUAAAGAAGAAACUAAGCUGAAGCGGGCCACAUCAGCCGACAGAACACAUGGAGAGUUUAUGAAUGUAUUUUUCAAUGAAUUCCAUCAAAGUACAGAAUUGACCAGUGAAAGUACUGUAACUGUUGAGGCUGUCGUACUUAAAGUUUGUCACAAACGAAGAAAGGAUGUAGCAUCACCAGUCAAGCAGAUCUCGCUCGGCAAGCAAAAGGUGCCCGUCAACAGCGUUUCCACGGCGACGAGCCCCGACCAAUCACCAUGCCUCUCUGUCCCCAGCAGUACUUUCAGCUCGUCCAACGGUCAAACCGUCAAGUCCUUCAUAUUGCUGCUCAAGGUCCAAGGUGAAAGGUCGCUCGGCCGGGAAUGGUCCAGCGGCGAUAAUCUAUGCAACGGAGAUGUCAGUGAAGAUCAAGAUGAGCAGCCCACCAAACGGCGUCGACUCAUGCGCCGAGAUCACUCGCCUGGACACAGCGACACGUUCACCUACACCUCGGAACUCCUGGUGCUAGACCGAGACAACUGCCUGCUCACCAACGGAGACUACGAGGUCGCUAUGCAGGAGGUCAGGCCAAAGAUCACCGCCAACGGCAAGCAUGCAUCAUGGGAAACGCUGAUGGAUGGGAAACCUGUGGCCCCCUUUGAGUCUUUCCAAGACCAGCCCACUUUGAAGUUCCAUCUCAAGUGGAGCGAGACGGCCCUGCGGUCGUCCAGUCACCUCCCGUCAUCAUCCAGUAACCAUCGAGCUGCAUCGCUACCAAGCCUAGGGAGCUUGAGUAGUCAUUCCAACGGUCUUCCCACCCAGCCUGCAGGCAGCAGUAACGGCGUUGCACUCAGAGAAGAUGCUGGCAGUGAAUCAGGCUCAGCCAAUGAUGACACCACUACCGCAACCGCCACUCACAGGUCCCCGGUCCGAAUCAAUGCCUCCAAGCGGGAUCCCACCUCUGCCACCAACAGCGGCGACUUCAACACCCCUCAACAUGUCUUCUACCAGUUCCUGUACAACAACAACACGCGGCAGCAGACGGAGGCCAGGGACAACAUGAUGUGCCCCUGGUGCUCGGUCAACUGCUGGCAGCUGUACAGCCUGCUCAAGCACCUCACCAUGUGCCACAGUCGAUUCAACUUCACCUACGUGCCUUGUCCAAACGGAGCUAGAGUAGACGUGACGAUCAACGAGCACUAUGACGGUUCGUAUGCCGGUAAUCCACAGAACCUGACAUCUCACACUGGCUAUGCAUUCCAUAGGAACGGUCCCUGCAGGCGUAGUCCUGUCACUCAGAUCCUUGUCGUCAAACAUACCAAGCGGCCUCUGGGAACGCUGUCUGAAUUCCAGGAAGGAGAGAACAAAGACUACCUCAUCACUAGACCACAAAUCUCAGGACACAAUAGAAUGUACUUCCACACCCAUUCGCUGCAACCAGUUAGACCUCAGGAGAUGGACUUGGACAGCGAGGAUGAGAUUGACCCGCUGUGGCUGCAGCAGAGAACAAGCAUGAUGAUUGAUGAAUUUACUGACGUGAAUGAAGGGGAGAAAGAACUGAUGAAGCUAUGGAACCUACACUGUAUGGAACACAAUUUCAUCGCAGAUAGCCAUAUCCCGCUUGCCUGCCAGCUUUUCAUCGAGAAGCGCGGCCGGGAGCUGCUCGGGAGCAACCUGUACCGGAACUUCCUCCUUCACGUCAUCAACAUGUACGACUUCAGCCUCAUCUCGCAGUCCGUCAUCGUCCGCACCAUGCUGCAGCUGGACCGUCUCAAGGAGACCAUCGCCAAGGAGCAGAGGGAGGCAGUGGCCAUGGCAGCCACAGCGACCAUGACGACCACGGUCGUCAAGGAGGAAGCUAAAGAUGAUGCGGGGCCGGUAACCAAACGAGAGGAGGAGGAGGAUUCUAAUGAGAGAUUGGAGGACACCAUGGAGGAUGUGAGCCAGAGCUGAAGAGAGGAGAAGUGAUGGAGACAAUUGCUAAGGAAGAUGCGGUGGAUGCCUUGUAACUAAGGAGGUUGCUUGGAGACAGUUGAGAACUCACAGGGAACAAGAGAUGCAGCUAUAUCCAAGGAAAAGUUUUUUCUUCUAUUAUUGAGAGUACCGGUUGGAUGUCAGAGGUAGCCAUGGCAACCAAGUAAGAAGCGGAUGUUGAGGUACUUGAGGAUGUUUUUGGGAAUCCUGUCUGACAUGGUAAUCCCAUCUGCUCAGAAAGAGGAUGUUACUGAAGAAUGCCAAGGGACUGAAAUGCACAUUGUCAAUGGAUAGGAAGCUCAGUUGCGUGAAGAAACAGCCUGGUCGUUUUUAUACUCUUGUUAAUCCAACCAAAAGAGACCUCAGGAAACACGUGUUUUUAUAUAUCC